UCAUCACACUUUCUAAACAUCCAUUGACCCACAAUUAAGUACUACAUUCAUUAAAGGCGAGUGAGCCAUAUAAUAAUCAACCAGACAACCACCAAUAGACUAUAUGACCUUCUCUACUAGUGAAAAUAUCCAAAGAAAUAGGGAAAAUUAACUUUGUAGUCUUGUACCCAUGAGCCACAACAAUCACAGUCUAAACAGAAAAUAGUUUUACAACUAAGAAAGCCAUAAAUCUGGACCCCAUAAUUCAAACAUCCCAACAUUCCCAACCAGAACGCCAGUAAAAGAGAAGUGUCGUUAAAAUUAGUGAAAAAUGCACGUGAAUGCUCUUCUGGCCACGACCAGGAAACAUCACGAGAAGCCGGAGAUAUGAAUUUUGGUUUGCUUUUUCAAAAAGAAUAUUUGCACUCCAUCUUACUUCUAAUUCAAGGUUAAUACACUUCAUUAAUAUUUUUCUAUUUGAGGUCAGUCUUUACCUAUUCCAAGCCCCAAACUUUUGGCAAUUUUCUUGUUAAAUCUUUCUAUAUUUGUUCAAUUUGGGGUCUUUUGAGAUCUGGGUAUUGGUUAAUUGUUGCUAAAUUGGUCAAUUGGAAGCAAGAUUGAAGUGGGUUUCUUGAUUAUUAUUUGCUGGAAAGUUGAUUUUUGUUAUUGUUGUUUGUAGAAUUUUCUGGGGUUUUUGUGGUUUAGAUGAAAAAAACUUGGAGAUCAUAUGCAUGUGUUUUGGGGUUUUAAUAAUGUUUGAUGUUAGGGUUUUUUUGAGACCUGGGAUUUGUCUUUAGUUGAUGCUUUUGAGAGAGUGAUUUGGAUUUUUUGACUUACCUCAUGAGUUUGUGGAAUUUCAAGAUUUGGAAAUUAUCUCAUUCCCCUUUUAAUUCCUUGAUUUGUAAGUGUCUUGCUUUGGUUGUUGCUGCUCUGGUGUUGAGAGCUGUUCUGUUCCCCAAUUUCUCUGGGGUUGAUGUGAGAGGGAAGCUGGUUGUGAGUGAUAUUCGUGCUCGGCCAUUAGAAAAGGAUUCGGAUUAUGGGAUUCGUCAAGGCAAGUAUGUGGAGGUUCCACAAAUUGUUUGGGGGUUAAACAAUCAAAAGAUAGCAUUUGCCAGGGCGUGCCUCACUGCUCGAAUGCUGAACCGGACCCUUCUGAUGCCGAGUCUGAGUGCUUCAUUGUUCUAUAAGGAAAUAGAUCAGUUGCAGCCCAUUUCUUUCGAUAAGUUGUUCCAAUUUAGGAAGUUUAAUUCUCUCUGCAAUGGGUUUGUUCGGUUGGGCCAGUACUCGGAGCUAUUGAAUCAGACUGAAGUUCUGGAGCUGCAGAAAGGGAGUGGAAGAAAGUGGACAUUGGUGAGAGACUUUGAUCAAUUAAAGGAAUUCAGCAGAGACCCGUAUGAUCAGUAUGAAGUCAUACGCAUUGUAGGGAAGAACCCAUUUCUCUGGCAUGAUCAUUGGCCUGUGAAGGACUAUGCUAAGGUGUUUGAGUGCUUAGCUUUAGUUGAUGAGUUUGCGAAAGAAGCAGAUCGAGUUGUUUCUAAGAUUAGAGCUGUAGGGGGAGAAGCGAUAGGUGAAAAAUUGGCGCCUGAGCUAGGUCAGGGUGCUAAUGGCGUCAGAUCCAAGUUGCAGCCUAUGCCUUAUAUGGCUGUUCAUAUGAGGAUAGAGAAAGACUGGAUGAUUCAUUGUAAGAAGCUAGAGCAAAGAUCCAACAUCAAUGAAAUUUGUAGCAGCAAGGAAGAAAUUAUUGAACGAGUGGGGAACAUUAAGGAGCUGAGUAAACCAACAGUCAUUUACCUAGCUGUUGCAGAUAGUCUGUUGGAAGACAAGACAAUAUUGAAUGGCUGGCAAGAAGGGUUGCUUCCUUUCGAGAAAAAGAAGCUAGGUGUUAGUCAGAUUUAUGACAAAUACCCAUAUCUUAUCAAGUCAGCAAUUGACUAUGAAGUAUGCUUAAGAGCAGAUGUUUUUGUGGGGAACAGCUUUUCUACUUUCUCUAGUCUCAUAGCACUUGAGAGGACACAGAAGAUGAUCCGUAUGGGAGUUUCAAGUUCUUGUAACAACAGCAUAAGGUGGCCUUCAUAUGCCUACAAUAUAAUGGGGGACUUUGGUGGUCCAAGAAAGUGGCUGACAAAUAUGUCAGACACAAGCCUUCAAGCUAUUAGCUAUGGUUCCAAUCAUGUCACAUGCUGAAUGUCUUGCCACACUGUUCUUGAACAGACAUUCCAUGAUUGGUGCACAUGAUUCUUGGUAUACUGAUUGCUGGUAUGAUUGGAAAUCUUAAUUUGAUUCAUAUUGAGAGGAGCAGAUAGCUUGGGGCAUAACAUACUAUUUUGUACUCGAGCUAUCAUUUGGGAUAUGCUCUGCGAGCAGCUUGGUAUUGAUGAGGUCACCAAAGGAAUGCUGUUCCCAGCUUCAUGGAAUUUACAGGUUUAACUGUUGGGAAUAGAUAUUAUUUUAUUGCAUUUCCAUUCUUUGAUACUGUUUUUUUUUUUUUUUUUUGGAAGAUGUAC